AUGGCUUCCACCGACGAGAAAAAGGAAGUCGGCACAAGUACCGGCCCCGAGGCAAGGGACUUUACUACGGUAUCCCCUUCGUCCAGUAGCGUUGCAGAGGCUGUCGGUAUAAACGAGAAGUCUCUACUGCGCAAGUUGGACUAUCGUUUGCUGCCGCCUUUAACGUUGCUAUACCUGUUAUCCUUUUUGGAUCGAAGCAAUGUCGGGAACGCCAAGCUGGAAGGAAUGACCACGGACAUAAAAAUGACCGGAGAUCAAUACCUCACGGGUCUAACCUUGUAUUUCAUCGGCUACGUCCUGUUCGAGAUCCCAUGCAACAUCGUUCUCAAAAAAGCCUCACCACGAACAUGGCUUCCAACUCUCACUCUGGUCUGGGGAAUCAUCGCAACUUUGCUAGGCGUUGUCCAAAAUUACCGCGGUUAUCUUGCCUCGCGAUUUUUCCUAGGCGUCGCUGAGAGUGGACUGUUCCCGGGCGUGGUCUACUACAUCUCGAUGUGGUACAAACGGAAUGAGCAGCACUAUCGAGUUAGUCUGUUUUUCAGUGCUGCAAGUCUUGCGGGUGCCUUUGGUGGCAUUCUUGCUUGGGGAAUCGCGCACAUGGAUGGUGUGGGAGGUUAUAGCGGAUGGCGAUGGAUUUUCAUUCUGGAAGGACUUGUGACCGUAAUCGCGUCUGUGGUAGCCUACUUCUGGGUAUACAACUAUCCAUCAACGGCCGAAUUCCUGUCACCGGAGGAGCGCGAAUUUAUUCAAUUCCGCUUGAAGAACGACAACGAUGCCACGCGGGAUGAGAGUUUCACCUGGUCCGCAGUGCUGGACGCAUUCAAGGAUCCGAAGGUCUGGUUAUACUGCCUCGGAUUUCAUACAAUGUCAUUGCCACUAUACACACUAUCACUUUUUCUGCCAACCAUCAUCAAAGAGCUUGGAUUCUCAUCUGCCGAGGCACAGCUACUGUCCGUUCCCCCAUACGCCGUAGCUUUCAUCUGCACGAUCAGUGUAGCCGUCGCGUCAGAAAAGUUGCGCGUCAGGGCACCCUUUAUCAUGGGCACGUCGGCACUCGCAUGCAUCGGGUACAUCUUGCUGCUCUCCGACCAUAGAGCCGGCGUGUCGUACGUGGGGACCAUCUUUGCUGCCGCGGGUAUCUACCCGUCCGUCGCGAUCGUGUUGUCUUGGCCUGCGAAUAAUGUGUCCGGGCAGACGAAGCGGUGUAUUGCGAAUGCGCUGCAGAUUAGUGUUGGGAAUAUCGGUGCUGUGAUUGGGACGCAGUUGUACCGGACUGAGACAAGCCCGCGAUACUUCCUUGGACACGGCUUUGCGCUGGGAUACCUAGUUGCUAAUAUAUUUGUUGUUGGGAUUUUGUGGGUCGUAUUGCGACGAGAGAAUGCUAAGAAGCUUAGGGAAAGGGAGGCGAGGAGGUUGAAGCCGUUUGGGGAAGAUAUUGCGGAUGCAGAGGGCGAGUUCCUGGGUGACAAGGAUCCCCGGUGGGUUUUCCAGACUUGA